AUGGAAGUAGAAGAAAAUAAUUCCGCUGAUGUUUCAAACAUUGAAAUAACCCCAUGUGCGGUGUGUAAAUAUUGUAUUAAACCUGAAAACAAACAAGACAAACCAGGACUCACAUGUAUAAACUGUAAUAGAUUUAUUCAUCUAACCUGUUUAAAGCGACCCGGCACACCGGGCGACUUUUCGUGUGAUGUUUUCUUUGAAUUUACGUGUUCCGAAUGUUCAGAUAAUGGGGAAGAAGUAUUUGAUAGGAAAAAGUUUCCUUGGGUGAAUGUUUUAUUACUCACUCUACACCAUUUAAAUGUCCAGGCACAUGGCAUUAGCAACAAUGGAUUUUUUCAUUACAAAAUGCACAUAUGCUCUUUUAUUGACCGAAACUGGGUGCUACUAUUUGGAACACAAAUCAAGCAGAAAAAGAACUGGGUGGGCACGAUCGCUGGCGCCCUGUCGGUGUACAACAGCACGUUUUUCAUGUCGGGCUCCGUCGCGCUGGGCGAGACCGGCUGGUGGCGCCUCUUCCACUCCUUCUCACCUGCAGUCGCCGCACACAUCAAUCAGGAGCUGUCCAAAGAAAAGGUUAAAGGGCGGCCGCGAGGGCACAUGAGCAUUGACAAAUCACUAUUUUUUGCCAAAGUAUCUGAAUUAGGUUACAAGCACUUGGUACUGGACGAGACAAACCCUCAGCCGGUUGUCAACGAAGCGGUACCGUUCAAGAAGAGACGUUUCGAUAUUGAGCAAAGUGAAGCUUCAUGUUCCAACAUUGUUAUCAAACAGGAAUUUGACCAAGACAUAACGAUAGAGGAGCAUCAGUUAGACUUCCACUCCAAAGACUCUGACCUAACGAGUAUGUUUCAAAAUUUUGGGCACGAUGCGACUGGAUACAAGCCAGCAAUGAACCAACAGCAAUCACCACAUUUUUACGACUCGGAUUCAAGAAGCUCUCCACAUCUCGCAGACGAAAUCGACGAUAGAUGGCGCUCUGAAACCAGAAAAUUACCUUCCGAUGUCAGAGGGAAAAAAACCGACGAGAAACCUCUACUGAGACGGGAAUCUUUGUUCUCUACAGAACCGAACUCCGUCGAUUUACCCUGGAUCGAAAAAGUUCCUGAAGCUCGCAGUGAUCUUGUGGAGAUGACAGAGUACGAAGAGAUACAGCUGCUGAAACGAGUUGAGGGCAUGAUCGCGAAGGUUAAGGACUCGAAUAAGAAGGCACAUCUUCACAGGUUCAGAGCAAAGCUGGCAUUGCGGAGGUUGAAGAGGCACAAGCAUCUACCUAUCUUCAAUUUAGAUAAGGCCGUGAAACUGCUAAGUGGAUACGCGGCCGAGGACCCCAAAGUAAUGAAUGCUGAGAGAAUUUUGGACAGGUUCCAGAGAUCGUAUCUACUGGAGAACUUGAGCGGCGCGGUGCGCGUGGGUCGGCGAGGCGUGGUGCUGGUGUCGCGCUGCGGCGGGUCCCUGCGCUCGCCGUACUCCGGGCUGCUGCUGAAGCAGUACAUCCGGCGCGACCCCGCCGCCGCGUCGCCCUGGCUGCACCUCAUGCGCGACCUGCUCGCCGCCACGCACCGGCACUUAGAAGGCUACGAGCCCCCACCGAAUGCCAGCCUGGACUACUCGUACGUACGUCCUCAGCACAUCGCACCCGUCAACAGUUUGCUGGCGCAGUUCUUCUGGCCUGGAAUCGAUGUGUCGGAAUCCCUGCAACACCCGGAGUUCAGUUGCGUUGUGACGUAUAAGAAGCUGGUGGUAGCGUGCGCAUUCCUGGUACCUGACGUGGGUCCCAACGAGGCCUAUAUAUCCUUCAUACUCACCAGGCCCGAGUGGAGAAACGCCAAGAUUGCCACAUUUAUGCUCUAUCAUUUAUUGCAGACUUGCACGGGCAAAGAUGUAACUCUACAUGUCUCGCCAACAAAUCCAGCCAUAUUUCUUUACCAGAAGUUUGGUUUUAAGGUAAGUUCCAUAAUAGAAAAAUUUACCAUAUUACGUUAA